UAAAAGCCACCGUUUGGGACUUGAGGUCUCGCCCAAAAAUGGCUGUGGAGAAACAGUUGUGAAGAUGUGUCGAUCUGCUCACCUAAUUAAUGUGGCGCGUGCUUCAAAUUAACCAAGAGUCCUCUGAUCGAGCCGGAGGACAUUUCUGGAAGGCUUUUCAUUAGACAUCACUGGAGCAGGGCCUCUUCCCUUCGGUCACAUGGCUUGUAAUAAUGACAUCAUUGAAGCUUACCAACCGAAGUUUAAUACCAGAGUCCAGGGCUGAAAGGUGAGUGGAGGGCUGUGGAAGGAGAAUAGGAGGAAGAAGAGGAUUCUGGGCCAUCUUGGGACAGUGAAACUGAAGAUUCUUUGGACAAUGUUUCCCAGAUUCUCCAACUCAUCAGAGAAACAGCUGCUAUAUCAGAGAGAACCUCUCUAUGGCAGGGAAAUGAGAGACAGCUCCUCCAUCACAUGACACGCGCUCUGAAGUCUGGAUUUACAACUGGUGCCUUUGUUGAACACAAUGUGGGUGAUUCCUGGGAGAUUUCAGAGGGACCGGGGGUGAAACAGCAUACCGAAGUUUAAAGGGAUAGUUCACCCAAAAAUGGAAAGUCUGUCAUCAUUUACUCACCAGAUUGUUCAUGCUGUUCUUUUACAAUAAGUUAUACGGGAUUGGAAUGACAUGAGUAAAAGGACCUUCAGUGACAGACAUGAAAACCCAAGAGCAUCGUUCCAGCCCUCUGAAAUCACACACACAAAGUGAUGCUCGGCCCCACUCCCAAAUGAAAGGUCUCCAGUUUCGCAGCAUUGCCCCCAAAGCCCCAGCAGUGAUUCCAUCCUCUGCAGUUCUAUCCUGCCAACCUCCCUCAGCCCUUCCAGAAGCAUCCACGGCUGUCAGCCCCAAAUCCAUCCUUGUCCCUGCCCAGAACUAUGCACUCAUGCAGGUGGCUGGACAAGAGGGGACCUUCUCAUUGGUGGCCUUACCUCAGACACAACAGCAACAGCCAAUCCAGAAGAACCUUAAGCUGCCUAUUCCCAGAUGUCAACCGGUGCGAAGCAAGAGCACUCCAGAAAAAGGCAGUAGCAAGAUGCUGAGUCCAGCCAAGGUUUCUGCAACCAUACAAGCUCAGUCACCUGCUGUGAAAUCAGACCAGAGUUCAGACCCAGUAUCAGAGCAUAUUGUUUUGAUUGAUGCUCCUUUAUCAUCUGAAAUCUACGUUGGGCCCUUGCUCCCAGGAUCACAUACAGAUCAAAAAGUGGAACAAAAAAGGAAUGCCGGUCCACUCAAAAACCACCACUAUCCUUCUGGAACCUCCCUUGUUGCCCCUGUCAAGAAAACCUCACCAGUUAAAACCCAAAUAGAAGGUCAAGCCUCGGUUGGCAGUGCCAUCACACUCCUCUCACCCACUAUCUUUAGCAAAGCUCUUCAGAUCCUUCCAUCUCCACCCAAGGGCAAGCUGCCCAUCCUGCCCUAUGCCAAGGUGAAGAACUCUCUGCUGGCACCAACCAGCCUUGCCAGCACCCCAUUCUCAGAAAAGCAGACUGGAGCCAAAAGCAGCUUGAAAAGCUCUCCAGACAACAAAAUCAAGUCGACAGACAACAAAGUUCAAAAUGAAAGCCCAAGUCUUGACCACAACAACUCCCAAAUCAAGAAACCUCCAGGCAAGAAACGGGGGAGGAAGAGAAAAACAAUGGAGGAUAUUCUAGCCUUCGAAGCCCGAAAGAAGAGAUCCUUGUCGUUUUUUAGAAGGAGGGUACCUGAGAAACCUCCAGCUGGUGUGUCGAAUUCUUCCUCUCAAGAGAAACUGCUUGACAUAUCCAAAAAGUAUCGAAGUAUUCGUCCCAAACCAGUACUGGUAAUGGAAACCACUAUUCCACAACUUGUUCCGCUCCCUUCCUUGUCAGCAUCAGAGAACCUUGAUCAGGACUUUAUAUUAGGACAGCAGAUAUCAGGAAAACAAUCGAGUGCUCCACUGUGUUUGCAAGCUACUGAUCAGCAGUCUGUGGUAGAAUGUAAAGGUGGUGGAGCAGUGAUUUACACAAGAAGUCGUCUGCUGCAUCGUUGUCCUACCUGCAACAGGUGUUUCCAGUUCAAACAUCACUUACAGAGCCACAUGAACAGCCACAGUAACCUGCGGCCUUACGUCUGCCCGGUAUGCAGGAAGGCCUACGCUCACUCAGGAAGUCUUAGCACUCAUAUGAAGCUCCACCAUGCGGAAAGCAGGCCCCGGAAGAGCCUUUGCUGUGAAUUCUGUGAGAAGUCAUUUGGCUAUGUGGGUGUCUACUUCAGCCACUUGAGAGAGGUGCACCGGGUAAUACUUACUGUUGAACCGUCCAUCAGUCAACAUGAAGAAAACACGUCUGUAGGAGAGUUUUCGGAAGCUGGUGAACAGGCCUCAGAACAACGUGUUGACCCAGUCGAGCUACAAAUUAAGUGUGGCCGCUGCCAGGCCAUCACCCCUACCUUUGCUGACAUGAAGCUGCAUGUGUUGUAUGUGCAUGAAGAGGAGGUCCAGGUGCAAUUGAGGGAUGGGGCCAUUCGUGGGGGCCGUGAAGCAGAGGAUGAACUGGUCAAACAUGCAGCACAUUACUGGAGGCAGCUCAAUGAGAAACGCAACCUAGUGCACUGCGAUGAGGAGUUCUUCUCCUUUUCCAAGUUCAAACGCCACCUCCAUUCUCACCAUCAAGAAGCCAGAGAGAGUCAAGAAGAGGAGAUGAUAGGUAAGGAGGGCCGUGUUUUAAGGGGCCUCAGUAAAGGUAUAUCCCUGAGGGUGGUAUCUCACUUUAACUGCAUCCUUUGCAGUAAGGUGUUUAAUAAGAAACAGGACAUUAUUGAGCAUUGGAGGGCACAGCACAACUGUGAAAAUCCCACCCUUCUCUGGGAUGUCCUGGACUUCAAAGGGGAGAGCAAGCUUACUGAUGGGCCAAAUUAACUGCAAAUGGGUAAUUUAUUAUUUGCUCCAUGUGUCGACUGUGUGGUUUAUGCAGUGACGUUAAUGCAAAAAAAAUUCAUUAAUAGACUUUUUAUGUUGUUGUUUUGCACAGUUUUUUAACAUCACAAACAUUGUUUUGUAAUGCUUGAAUUUCGUAAUGUUUUAUGUUUGGUCUUUUUAUUUAAUGUGCAUUAAAGUAGAAGAAAGUGAUCUAUAAAAUUCACUAACCAUAAAUUCAGUCUUAAACAUAACUGUGGUCCAGGUGCAGAUGUUACAUUACUGCCAGCAAAUAGAAAAACCUAGAGAUUAUAAUUAUAAUUUUUAA